AUGGAAGCAGUCAAGGAAGCGCCGAUCCCGGCGAUGGAUAGCUUGACUGCAGCUAUGAAAAACAACAUUGUCCCGAAUCAAGAGUAUUUGUUACAAGGCAGUGUUCUGGAUUCAGCCGUUGAAGUUCUGUUGCAUAGGUUAAGAGGCCUUUGCGACAACGUUGAUUCAGGACCCGAGACAUUUCAUGACCAUGAAAUGUGUUUUAGCAUAAGGAGUGUUACACCACAACCACUCACAUUGAGAGUCAGAAGAGCGAUAGACUAUUUAGAUAUGCCAUACCAGCUGCGUUACAUUGGACAGCCUGAACUUGGUGAUAAAUCUAGACCGACAAUCUUACGAAACAGUAUCGAUGUAGCUACAACGCCAACAAUAGUAGACUUCCUCACUGAAAUGGGAUUUCGCAUGGAUUUUGAAUACAUUUUACGUGGCUAUAUGUUUCGGAAAGGCAGAAUGAAAAUUACAGUGUCUAAAAUAUUUAAAAUGAUGGUAGUAGGUAAACCUGCUCCAGAGAGUGUCGAUCCAAUAUCACAGUCAUACCUAGUAGAAUUAAGUGUAUUGGCACCUAGUAAUCAAGAUGCUAUUGCUGAAGACAUGCGUGUAUUUGCUGAACAACUGAAGCCACUGGUGCAUUUGGAAAAAGUUGAUUACAAACGAUUAACACAACCACCAAUGUAAAAUUGUUAAUGUCAUGCUUUGUAAAUAAAUAUUUUUUAUCAAAGUUU